AUGGCCGAGGAGAUCCGUCGCGAGUUGACAAGUAAUCCGCGAAUACAUGUUUUAUUACAUUUCAGACUUCAUAAAAUCAGACCACUUAUCGACAUGACAAGAGGAAAUUUCCAGAAGUUUUACAAACCAGGGAAGUGUCAGAGUAUAGAUGAAGGAAUGAUAAGGUACAAGGGACACCAUUAUGCACAGCAGUACACGCCAGGAAAACCAAUAAAGCGCGGUCUAAAGAUAUGGAUGAGAUGUGAAACAAGUGGCUACACCAAUGAUUACAGAGCGUAUCUUGGUAAACAUGAUUCAAUGUGUGGCCCAUCACUAGGGGAACGAGUCGUCAAACAUUUAUGCAAGCCACUGAAGUGGAAAGGUCAUCAUGUGUUCUUCGAUAGAUAUUUCACUUCUAUUCCUCUUCUCCAAACUCUUGAAUCCUACGGUGUUUAUGGUUGUGGGACUUUAAUGGCAAACAGGAAAGGGUUUCCCUCACAGCUGAAGAACCCACACCUUCCUGAGAGAGGAGAUGCUGAACAGAUGCAACAUAGUAACCUUGUUGCCACCGUAUGGAAUGAUGCUAAACCUGUUCACAUUGCAUCUACAACAUCGGACCCUCUCGGAGAUGGCCCAGCUCAAAGAAGGGUUCGGGGUGGUGGUGUUAUCAUCAUUCAGCGCCCGCCUGCAGUUGAGCACUACCAACAACACUACUAUGGUGUAGACAGAACACAACAGUACAGAUCCAAGUGUCCAGUUGGCCGUCCAUCCAAAAAGUUUUGGAAGUAUCUGGUCAACUAUAUUUUUGAAAUUUCUCUGAUCAACACAUUCCUUCUUUGGUUUGAAACCCGAGGAACAAGAAAACCAACAAAACAUUUCUCUAUGGUUGACUGCAACUUGUCUAUCGCGGAGAAACUUAUUGGUGAUUUCUCUAGCAGAAAGCGGGCACCUUCAUGUGGAAGGGGAGUUGCAGGUAUUAGUGUUGCUAACAUCAACCGGCACAUCAGCACAAAGUUGACAAGACCGCGAGGAAGAUGCAAACAGUGCAAGAAGAAUGGCAGAAGAAUUGACACUUUUUUUGGUUGUAGCAUUUGUAAUGUACAUCUGUGUAGAGGAGCUUGUUUUCAGGCCUAUCACUCUUAUCAUCACUUGCUUAUGGAAUAGGUUUAUAUAUCAUGAAAUGUCUGUUAUAAUUGCAUGUUUUGUUCAAAUAAUAUGCGUUUACUUUAUUUGGUGGCUCCAAGCACUUAUCUAAUCCACUCAAAUGGUAUGCAUUUUUUAAAAAUGUGAUUUUGUCGUAUACCAUGUAUUUUUAAAACCUAAAUCUAAAAAAUAAUCUAAAUAUGUUAUUGAAAAGAAAUAAACUAUUCAUCACUGUGUGUUGGUAACUGUUGCCAUGACAACCAUUUUUAAUUUAUGUACAUGUAUUUCAAAUUUCUAUUGUAUACCAAAGCUGAAUUCUUUAUUCAUUGAUUUUCUUGAAAAAUUAAUAAAAUUUCUUCGUUUCUUUCCAUUUGAAUUUUGUUGUAUUCAUAACGAAAUAAUUUUAUUGAGAUACCUUAAUAAGCUUGUGGUUUUGUUGCUAUGAUAACUAUUGUUUGUGCAUUUUCAAGAAUGUAUAAUUAGAAAAAAAUAUAUCGUCGGUAACAUUAUAUACCACAUUGUAGACUGUUAUUGCCUUUUUUGGGUCACUAAAGACACACUUUGAAACUUUAUUACAAUUGUUUGUUGUUACUUUCAUUUUGAUCAGAAAAUGCCAAAUGUUGCGCAAAGCAACAUAAAAAAAAGUUGUUUCAAAUUGUUUUGAUUAGAAUUUCAGCUGUUCAAUAAUACUUUAUAAUGUAUUUUUCUGUAGAAUAUUCUGUAUAUUACUUUAUCAUUCA